CUGGAGAAUCUGUAUCCAGUGGGAUGCCCUGAGAGGUCACAGAUGCAAGGCUAGAAGGGACCAUUCUGAUCAAGUCUGACUAGUUGCCCCCAAGAAUUCCUAGGGCAGAUCUGUUAGAAAAACAUCCCAUCAUGAUUUGAAAAUGGAUUCACCAGGACCCAAAGAGCCUUAAUCGCCAUCUCAGCCGCCUAGGAAAUCCCAGCCAGUUUUACCCCUGGGCUGUGACUGAGGGGUCAUUUUGCAUUUUCUCCUAGAGCAAGAUGGCGACGGGCGCAGACGUGCGGGAUAUUCUGGAGCUGGGGGGUCUGGAGUCAGAGAACACGGGAACCAUCAAUAAGAAGGACAUCAUCAAUUCUGAUAAGAAAAAAUCCAAGAAAUCAUCUGAGACGCUGACAUUUAAGAGGCCGGAGGGGAUGCACCGAGAGGUUUAUGCACUUCUCUACUCCGAUAAAAAGGAUGCGCCUCCACUGCUGCCCAGUGACACGACGCAGGGCUACCGCACAGUCAAGGCAAAGCUGGGCUCCAAAAAAGUACGGCCCUGGAAGUGGAUGCCCUUCACCAACCCCGCAAGGAAAGACGGGGCGAUGUUCUACCACUGGAGGAGGGCUGCAGAGGAGGGAAAGGAUUACCCCUUCGCCAGGUUCAACAAAACGGUGCAGGUGCCUGUGUACUCGGAGCAGGAGUAUCAGCUGUACCUGCAUGACGACGCCUGGACCAAGGCGGAGACGGAUCACCUCUUCGACCUCUCCCGCAGGUUUGACCUGCGCUUCGUGGUGAUCCAUGACCGCUACGACCACCAGCAGUUCAAGAAAAGGUCAGUGGAGGACCUGAAGGAACGGUACUACCACAUCUGCGCCAAGCUGGCCAACGUCCGCGCUGCUCCGGGCACCGACCUGAAAAUCCCUGUCUUUGACGCCGGCCACGAGAGACGUAGGAAGGAGCAGCUGGAGAGGCUGUACAACAGGACUCCAGAGCAGGUGGCGGAAGAGGAAUAUCUGAUCCAGGAGCUGCGGAAAAUUGAAGCCAGGAAGAAAGAGCGAGAGAAGAGAACCCAAGACCUGCAGAAACUCAUUACCGCUGCCGACACCACCACCGAGCAGAGGCGAGCGGAACGCAAGGCUCCCAAGAAGAAGCUGCCGCAGAAGAAAGAGACAGAGAAGCCUGCUGUUCCUGAGACUGCUGGCAUCAAGUUUCCCGACUUCAAAUCUGCAGGUGUCACGCUGCGGAGCCAGAGGAUGAAACUGCCAAGCUCGGUAGGACAGAAGAAGAUUAAAGCCCUGGAGCAGAUGCUGAUGGAACUCGGAGUAGAUCUCAGCCCCAUGCCGACGGAGGAGAUCGUGCAGAUGUUCAACGAGCUGCGGAGCGACCUGGUGCUGCUCUACGAACUCAAGCAGGCCUUCGCCAACUGCGAGUACGAGCUGCAGAUGCUGCGGCACCGGCACGAGGCGCUGGCCAAGGCGGGCAGCCUGGGCCCCGUCGGCAUGGAGGGGGCCCGCGCAGACGGGCAGGCCGGGCUCAGCGCGGAGGAGGGCAAGGGAGACGCCAAGGACCAGAUCAUUGAUGUGGUUGGAGCUCCGCUGACCCCGAACUCGAGAAAGCGCCGGGAGUCGGCCUCCAGCUCCUCCUCCAUCAAGAAGGUGAAGAAGCCAUGAGCCCCUCGGGUCAGCACCAGGCCGCGGCAACAGACUGACUGUGAGAGCCGGGCAGGGGAAGGAAUCCAGCCAGGGCCGUUCCCUUCCCAGCACUGUCCCCCGUCCCCCCCCAGCUGCCAGCAAGCCCUGCGGGGUGACGCUGCGGGGCCGCAGGGAAGCUGGGCGGGCGGCUGGAGCCCUGCGAGUGGCCACGGUGCGGACUGACAUGCUGGAUUUGUGUGUCCCUGUAAAUACAGCCCUGUCCCCCUCC